UCAGUACAUUUCAGGAUCGUCUAAAGCUCUGUUGAACUUAAAGGGGCCAGAUUCCCAGCUGGUGUCAAUAAACCUGCAGCCAGCUAUGGGUCUGGCCGCACUGACCUCAAUGGAGCAAUGGUAAGGGAUGCUAGCUAGCCUAGAAAAAUUCUUCUCGUGAGGUCAGCUGACUGAAUUCACACAGCUCUGUCUCCGAGAGCUCGCUUUAGAUGCAGAACAGCUUGGAUAUUUAACAGCCGCUUCCUUCAAAAAUUAAAUCCUAGUUUGUUGUUAAGGGGUUUUUACAGGGGCUCUUGGGUUUUCUUGUUUAUUUCUAGAGUAACAAAGCUAGGAAGGAAAUGAAAACAAGCUUAACUGGCUUUAUUGACUAAAGCAAGGUGUUUGUUAAACAAAAAUCUUGGGCAAUUCAAAGAACCCGGUUAAGAAAAGAGGUGGAGUUGCAAAAUCUUUGCAGAAAGGGCUUAGGCGUCGGAGUCAACCUCACCGGGUCUGGAAAUUCUUUCUGGGGUCUGGGAUCAAACUGGAACUGCAGCUUUUAGAAGCACUGGGAGCUUCUGUUGUCUUUGAAACUUGAAUCCUGGCCAAAGAAAGGAGGUUUGGCAGCGAGAACACAGCACCAACCUUAUCGUGGGCUCUCUUGGGGAAAGAAAAACACUGGGGAUUGUUUUUUUUAAAGGACUGACUAGAGCACAGCGUGUGUGAGGGGAGCAUACGAUUUGCUAGUGCCGGGACAGGCGGGUGGAGACCCACGAGGGGCCUGUAGUGAGCAAACCCUGCCCUGUCCUGCGUUGCCGUGUGCUGCAGGCCUGGGAAGACAGAGACUUAUUAAUCAGGUGAAAUGAGAGAGGAGGUGGCGUUGGCAGAAACUGUUGCAACCGGAGUGGAGGCUGCAGCUGAACAUUCCCAUCCUGUCUCCAGCGGUUCAGGACGGCUGGAUUCAGCAGGGAUCACUGACCCUGCACGUUCCUAGCGAUCCAUAACUCCAAGGUGUUUUUAAGGCUGUGUGUGGUCUCCGGGCGCCUGCCCUGCGUUGGAUCCUUCCUCCGCCAUGUACAGCCAGAAGCCCUACACCAGCCCGCCCACUGGCUACGGCCCCCCCGGCGAUGGCUACGGCUACGACAUCCACUCCCCCCCCCCAGGCUCCUUCUACGUUGAGGACGUGCCGCAGUAUUUUUACAAGUGGAACUCUCCGCCCGGCGUGGUGAGGAUCCUGGAGGCCCUGGUCGUCCUGCUCUGCGUCACCAUCUUCGCCUGCGUAGCCUCCACGCUGGCCUGGGAAUAUAGCUACGGCUACGGGGGGAUGUACGGGAGCGGGCUAGGGAGCUACUACGGGUCUGGCUAUUAUGGUGGAGGGAUGGGCUACGGGGGCUACGGGGGCUAUGGCGGAUACGGUGGCUAUGGAGGCUACUAUGGCGGGAUGACCAACCCGCGGGCAGCCAGCGGCUUCAUGAUCGCCAUGUCGGUCUUGUGCUUCAUCGCGCUGCUGGGGUUCUUCGUGGCCAGCGUCACCAAGUCCAGCAGCGCCCGCUCCCGCAGGUUUUACCUGGCGGUCAUCGUGGUGUGCGCCAUCCUGGCCUUCGUCAUGCUCAUCGCCUCCAUCGUCUACAUCAUGGGCGUCAACCCCCGGGCACAAAUGACCGGCAGCUACUACUACAGCCCCAUGCUGACCAUGUGCAACCAGAUGUACUCCUCCGGUGGAGCCUACAUGAACCAGUACCUCUACCAUUACUGCACCGUGGACCCGCAGGAGGCCAUCGCCAUUGUCUGUGGGUUCUUCAUUGUCAUUCUUCUCUGCGUGAUUUGUUUCUUUGCUCACAAGACGCGCCACAAGAUCUGGAAGUUUGGGAAGCCCAAUAUCUACUGGGACAAGCCACUCGCCUUCCAGGAGGGCCCCAACGUGGAGGAGUGGGUGAAGAACGUUGCCGAGGGCGCCAGCAUUCAGGAUGAGACAGCCACGCUGGCCUACUCCGAGAAGCCAAUCAGCCCCGUCAACGCCCCGGCCAGCGCCUACGGCUACCCGCGCAAGGAGAACGGCUACUAUGCCUCCGAGGCCUACAACCCCACCAGCUCUCCUGCCCGUGUGGUCAGCGAGCCGCCCGCCAGGACCUUCAGCACCAGCACGCUAGAGGAGAGGGGGAGGGAGAGCUCCAGCAGGCCCGCCGCCCGGCGUGGGAGGAGAAGGAGGCGCAACCCCGAGCUGGACGAGUCCCAGUACGAGACGGACUACACCACAGCCAUGGAGUCCAGCGACGAGCGGGACAAGGACGAGUGGGGCAGCGUGUACCCCCCCAUCACCUCGGACGGCAUUCGCCAGGAAUACAAGCAGGAGUUCGACGCCGACCUCAAGCACUACAAGCAGCUGUGCGCCGAGAUGGACGACAUCAACGACCAGCUGAACCAGCUCAGCAAGCAACUGGACGGCUUGUCGGAGGACAGCCCGCAGUACCAGGGAGUCGCCGAGGAAUACAACCGGCUGAAAGAUUUAAAACGGACUCCUGAUUAUCAGACAAAGAAAAUGGAGACCAAAGCUCUGCGGAACAAGCUGUUCCACAUCAAACGCAUGGUUAGCGACUACGAUAAGAUGAGAGGAUAGUGCGGAAAGCAGAAUCCUUUGGAGGGGGAAGAAAUUCUGCGUGUGAUCAGCUGACUUCCCUCCACAAAGCGCUGCAGGAAAUGCCAACCACCUGGACGAAAAGCAGAUUUCGUCUUGUUUUGUACAUUCGUUUCCAAAGCAGAAUCUCUCUAUCUUUGUGCCAUUUCCAAACCGAAACCCGACAGGUCUCGGCAAGCGGGGCAAGAGGGCGAUUUUUAGAACAGAAAUGAAACUCCGAGGAAGUUUGCGCUCUGGUUUGAGGCCGGUGGGCCCGUAUCCUACAAUGACCUAAGCAGAAAUCCUGGCCCCACUGAAAUCAGUGACUUCAAUGGGGCUAGGAGAUCCCCCUUGGUGCUUACGUUUAUGCUGCGAGUCAUUAAUUCAAUAGAACUGAGCAUUAAGCAUGCACCCGCAGUUGCUGCAACCUCAGUUUGUACGUGGGCAGAUGUAAAUUUGUAAAUACGUGGGUGUGUAUAUAAAUUAGCCUCCUGUUUUAUACGAUCAAAGGGUGAAUCUCUCUGUAGCAUGCUCCCAUGCUGGUCCCCAUCCUGCAAGCCCUUAAUCGCCCACGAAGUCCCAGUGAGCUCAGUGGGACAUCCCUUGGGAGCGAGGACCCUCGGUGGGUGAAAUUCACCCUGGGCAGAGGGGUUUGUACAAGGCCUGUGCACCACUGACACCCCCUGAGCACGGUAGGGGGAAUGCGGCUCCAUUGACCUCUGUGGGGAUCGUGCCAUUGACUUCAGAGCCUGGAUUUCACUCCAUGAUGGGGACUUUGUGCUGCAUGAGCCUGAUGCUGGAUCCCUGCCCAGGAAAGGUUUGCAGGAUUGGGCCCAUGCGCGCUGGACUCCUGCUCCCUCUUAGAUUCCUGUCGUCAUUCCCCUCUAUCCGUCCCAAUGUGAUUCAAAGCCAGGAGGAUGGGAGCCCGGCGGCUGGAGCCCAGGCCUGUUUCGCACGCCACGCCAGCCCGCAGUAAGGAGCCCAUUGCAGCCAGCUGAGGGUGACGGCCUGUCUCCCACCACCGCAGCUGAGAUGUGUGCAGCCAAGCUGAGCGUGAACGCAGACCCAAGCUCCCGAGAUUGUCCUGGCCCCUCACCUCCCGCCCCGUGCUGCAGAAGUGUCUCUCGGGGAGCUGACAACUGAGUGCGGCGGUGGAUGCAUUUCACCGGGAUGAAUAAUACAUAGGGAACUCCUGAGUCACCCAGCGCAGCCGGCUCACACUCCUGACAACUUGACAAGCCAGGGCUUGGCCGCCCCCCAGCAAGAGCCCAUGCUAGGCAUUGUGUGAGGAGAUUUCACGCUCGCACAGGCAUCACGGUGCCAGUCUUAGAAUAGCCCCCUCAGCUGCCACGGUUUUCUAGAGCUGGACGGCACGGUGCGAACGUCUGAACACGAUUUUUUUUACCGCUGCCAGCACUUCCUAUGCCAGUGUGCUAUUCUGUAGGGAACUGGGUAUGAUGUCGGGGGUUAUUUUUUUUAAUAAACUGCAUCUAUUGAUUUUAAAUUUCA